GCAGAACUGCAUAUGUAUGUAUGACUAAUACACAAAUUACUAGGGGUGGGAAUCACAAGUGGUCCUACAAUGUGAUAUUAUUACUUUACUUCGAUAUUAUUGCGAUUUUUAACAUUUUGCGAUACAGUAUCUGGCAAUUUGUACAAUUUUUUCAACUGCUUAGCUGAUUCAGCAUUUGUCUUUCCUUUAUGUUUGUCUUAUUGACGCGAUAUUGUGUUUCCAUGUAGCACAUCUUGCAAACCUCAUAUGUCAUAUCCAUCUCAUUUGUGCCCUGUUUGCAUUGCUAAUGUCCCUCCUCAGGUGCUGUUUGUCAUACUAACUUUCUCCUGCUCUAUGAUGUCACCUCUGCAAACAUCACUGGACAAACAACUGAUUUUAUUUUUCCAUUAUCAUAGACUUGACUUCAUAUUGCGAUUAAUUUGAAAAAAAUCGAUACCUGGUGGAUGAGAUGAUACGAUAUAUCAUCGGACAAAAUAUCACGCUACCAUGCUGUAUCGAUUUUUUCUCCCACCCCUACAAAUUACAUAAAUGUGUUAUUUAAGUUCUGCUUUGAUCAAUAAGUUUGAAGACUUUUACAUGGUUAUUAAAUUUGGAGAAAUAUUAUGAAUUUCUUUUAAAUAAAACCCAUCACCCUGAAGGCAUAUCAAUUACACGAACCCAAAAAUCUGUGAAAAAUAUGACUGACAUCCAUACAUUAUUUUUUGCAGCAAGUACAGAAGUCAAAUAUGAGGCAAAAGGAAACAAGAAAGACACAGAGUCUAAAUGACUUUAGAAAUUCACACUACGACAGGAACACUGACCACAAAGAGCUAAGACAAACUGACAACGGACAAGGAGAGCACAAGGACAAGGAGAGGAAGGGUGAGGGGAGACAUGUGAAACUAGGAAGACAGGUGAAACUGAUCGCAGUGGCACAGCCGAAAAAACAUAGCGGGCCAAGAGGGAAGCAUAUCUGGAAAGGGAGAGAAGAGGUGACUAUACAAAAAUGAAACAUAAAAACUGCUGACUGGACACUGAGGUCGGUUUCAGACAAAUAUCUGCUGUGUCACAUGCCUUGCAUAUAACUACAAACUUCAGCGCCAUGUUGCGGAAAACUGCAUCAUUACUCUCCGCUAAACCACGCCAUGCAAAAAACAGAAGUUGAUUUCCACUUAAAGAAACAAUUCAAAGCUUUAGCCUCCAUUGGGAGCUGACUGGUGCAUGAAAUGUGACAUUAUUGCACUCUGUUGUCUUUUUUUUGUGAAGGUAAGGGUUGAAAUAGGUUUCCCUUUCUUCAAAAAAAAGUCGAAGCGCUAAAUAAGGGCUUUGGUUGGGCACACUAAGCAUAUUUGAGCGUGGCAAGGGGUUGAUCACACAGGGGAAUAAGUUCCUCAACAGUUUCCCCGCACAGCUGUGCCUCACUGAGCAGAGAAAAGGAGGAGAGAGAGGGAAGAAGAGAGAAACUAGGAGAGGCCAUAAAAAUUAGAUUAUGCCUUACCUGCAGUUUUUGUUUUCUCAUCAGCACAAAACUGUUUUUUUUUUGCCCUGCUUGCUGGACUAUCAUCUAUCUAUUCAAAAUACAGUUGCAUUAAUACUUUCGUCAGAACUUGGAAGUCCUGAGUCGGUAAAAGUAGAGCAUAUUUCUUCUCCGGAGUAGUAAGGCGGUGACGAUUUACAGAUUUUGCAUUUCUUUCACAUUUCAAAGUGAAGUGUGACAUUUGAAAGAGUCGUGGGUCACGCGGCUGGUUUGUCCAUUGAAGUGAGACAAAGUUCAAAACACUGACCACUGUACAGCAGAGCGAAAUGCCAUGGAGACAAACAACAGAAUCUGUAUGGACAGUUACACCUCUUUGGUGGCCGGGGGGGGUUGAAGAUGUGUCAGUUAUGUUACCUUCACAGAGAGAAAUAGACCUGAUUUCUGCACCGAGAUAAAUCGACUUCUCUGACCUUAUUCACAGGUUAAACUUGAGGUGUCCCUCCAGAAAGAAUCGUGUGCAUGUUUGGGAUUAGUCCACUGUGAAUGAACAGAGUGGUGUUCGAUAAAAAGAGCCUCAGGGAACAUGAUACUCUACAUGCUUCGGCCGACUUCACUAGCAAACAGCAGUCAAUCUGUAAAGAGUGGAGGAAAUGUUCAGUGUUGAAAGAAUGGACUGUUCCAAGAGGAGAAGAUUAUCAGGAAAGCUAUGGACUGUAUACUGUAUACUGUAUAGCACACACACACCCACACACGCACUUCUGUACGCACUUCCAGUCACACUUCCAGUGACACUCUGCUGAGAUAGCUUGACAAAGCAUCUUUAGCUUAAACCUCAGAAAGUAUCAUUUUCCUUCAACAUUAAACCUUCCAUGUGUCUGCUUAUGGACUCAUCAUCUCAGACUUAAACUGAUACGACUUUGUUUGUAUGUUAAUUAACCUUGUGAACUUAUAAUUCCCACUCUCAUAACGUCCGUGUGUCUGGUGGGUUAAAUUCUGCUCUUAUAGCAUUAUGGUAUACAGUGCUCAUCCGCUGGCUCUGAAACUCUAGUUAAUAUUCCACGAAUGUCUGAUGAUAUAAAAGGUGAAAAGCAGAAACAUUAGUCGACAUUAUAAAUGUUUUUCAAUGUCAAGGGCACAACUGCACACAUGUAUAACCUAUUUCAAAAAUAUGAUUUCCUUAUCUAUGACCCCGAAACAGUUUUUCAUGUUCAGAAGUUAAGAUGUUCUUCCUCCUACACUGAUACUUUGUUUUCUUUAUCACAGGAACAUUAUUUAUGAGAGGAGACUUCUCUUUAUUUCUGUCUGCUGGACUGCAGUUGUGUCCCCAUGUGACUUUUCUCAUAUCUGUUCACCAGAAAAAAGCGGCUAGUAGGGCUGGGCGAUAUGGCCUCGAAUCAAUGCCACGAUAUAUUGAGCAGUUCACCUCAAUAACGAUAAAUGGAUGAUAAUUACUCCACAAGCUGCUCACCCCCUCCCACAUUAACUUUGUCUACUUUAGCCGCCGUUCCAGCCAAUCCAACUUUUGAACCGUCCUCCAUCUCCUCACCUGUCUUUCCCCCUUUGUUGGAGUCAUGUCUCUGAUGUUGGACAGCGUCUCAAAGGGACAUGAGCCCAUAGCCUACCUACACACAUCUAAAAACAACUUUUAUUUUUUCUUUUUUUUGACAAAGAAUAUACCGAUAUGGGCAAAAUGACAUUGGUUACUGUCGGAAAUUUGGUGUCGGUAAAUUUUCUGUUUAUUGCCCAGCCCUAUCAGCUAUUUUUGUUAUUAAUUAAUUUAUUUUAAGUUUUCUUUAAAUAUUCUGAGACAAAAAGCAGAAAUUGGAAUUGAAAAGUGUUUACUUUGUGAUUAAAAAUAACACUCCAGGUUUAUUUUCCAGUAUCAAAGGAAAUCUGUUCCUCCCUCAUUGUUAAGCUGUUCACACUUUGAAAGUCUAUAAAUAUAAAGUAUAAAAGAUAUGUAGAAGACUAUACCAUUCCCCCUCUACACGUGAUCGGUUAUGACUAGUAAGUCUGAGCUAACCCCUUUACUCGCCCAUAGACUGCUUUCUCUAGUGAAGCCAUGACAUUUUAUCUGCAAAGGUCCAGGCUUAUUGGAAAUCUUAUUCCUUAAAGGUUAUGGUAUUUAAUGAUUUUCAUUAAAAUGAACUUCCUAAUCUCAGUUUAUGAGGUGGGCCAAUCAACAGAUUACUGGUAGAAAUAAGGAAACUCUGAAAACAUAGUUUAUAGAUUUGUAGCCAUUGAGGGACCAGGUCUUAUUACCUGGCUUCCCACUAUAUGUGCAACCAAGCUGACACUAAGUAUUGAUCUAAAGACGAUUCCUAUUUUUUCCCCGUGACUCAAAUCACGCAAGCUGGCUCUCCAAGUCAAACACAGUAUGGUCAGCGAAUCAGUGAUCAGAAAUCAGUAACUUCCUAAAGCUUGUCAGUAAGCAUGUAGUGCUCCAAUACCCACAGAUAGAUAGAAUGGUGCUUUCACUUAAAUCCAGUUCUUUUUCUCCUUAGACCAGAUGACACACUUCUGAAAUAGUCUCUGGUUCAGGAGCAGCUUGAUGUUAGAAAUAUGGCGGCUAUAGCCCUUUUCUCUAUGUCUGUGAGUGGUGACUCUUGAUGUUCCAACAACCGCCCCAAGCUCUCCAUAUUUCUUGAAACAACUUUUCUCCACGGUCUUCCUAAGGCUAUAAUCCUUGUUGCUUGGAAACUUUUUCCUUCCUCACUUUCCAUUCUGGUCAAAUUUCCAUUCCGGUCAUUGGCCUUCUGCGGUUUACCCUGUAGAGGGUGUUUAUGAUCGUCUGCUGGAGAACUGUCCAGUAAGCAGACCAAGGUCUGAACCAAGGUCGGUGCUUUUGUUACAUUUUUCACAUUUGGUUUGGUCUGUUUGAGUUUCACACUGCCAUUAUUGGAAACAGACUAUCAGACGAACCUACAUGAUAUUGUCAUCAACUACAUGCUUUGCGUGUCUCUGUAGUUCACAUUGAUUGGUCAUUAGGCUGGCGGGAGUCUGACGUCAACAUGUUGAAAAGUGCAGGUCUGCAAACAUGGAUGAAAUCUUCAUUCCCACCAUCGUACUAUUUUUGAUUUUCUACCUCCAACAGCGACAACUUGAAGAGCUGUAAAUAAGUCAGGCCCAAGGAAGUCUCAUGAAUUUGAUCAUUAGACGACAUCUUUAUCGACAUCGACAGGAAAGGAAAAGAAAGUAUGCAAUCCUGCGAGUCAUUGCAACAUUGGCUCAGGUGAAAAGUACGAGUAGUAAAACUCUUGAAAAGAUAAGCCGUCAAUAGUGAGGUAUAACUUUAUCUACAAUAUUAUAAAAUUUCCUGUUAUUGGACAAUCUUCAUUCAACAUAAUAAUGGACAUCUCUACUACUUGCGUAAUUUCCUGUCUUUGGUAGGAAGGUCCGAACCUUUCAAAAUAAUGCUUUCACACUGGGCAUGAACCAGACGAUGGUUCAGUUUGGUCGGGACCAAGACCACCUCUUUUGAUUAGACCAAGGUCCUGCUGUUUGGUCCAGACCAAGGUCCUGGGGAGGUUUCAUACCUAACAUUUUCUGACUAAACAAAAAAGUCAGACAGUCUGGACCAAACGACGUAGGUGUGACAGCCCCCGAUUGUAGUUGUGUGUAGUGAAUUAGUCCAAGAAAUACCAGGUCUUUAUUUACUUACAUUGCUUGAAUUAUGUAUUUUAAAAUAUGUUUUCCUAGUUUUAGACCACAGUUGUCAUAAUUAAAUAAUGAACAUUUUCACUUUUUGCCUUCAAAAAUGACUUUUUAUACUUUUCUUAAUUUAUUGGCAAGCACCUGUAAUAACGGCUCUACACUUCAGUUAAUAAGGAUUAAAACUGAUCUGUAUUAAAACCUCUCGGACCAAAGUAGCUUGAAUAAAAACAUGAAUAAGCUUGGCUUCAUGUAAUUGCUGAUCUGUUCCCUCAAUACAUACGCAGUAGAACAAUAUCAUUACCCUUUUUGUUCUUGGGGGCAGCUGGCUACAUCUCUAAUCCCAACAUAUUUAGCUGGAUAAUCACCCUGCAUGAUAUAAUCCUUCUGUUAGGUAGGGCUUCAUGCAGCAGAGAUACACCUCAGUCCCAUUUAUCAACCAGAGCAAACAGGGAGAGCAAUCAGAUUCAAUAGGAUAAACAUUUGAUAAAAUCUUUUUCAUUUAUUUUCUUUUGGGGUCUGGUGAAGGUAAGCUUCUGUACAAGUAUAUUUUGCUGUACUAAUUAUUUGUAGUAGAGAGCCAGCUUGUUUACCCCUGCAAUGUUGUAUGUCUUACAUCAAAGUGGAGUCAAGUUUGACUCACUUGUAGUGAGCACAGAGCAUAUUUAAGGAUGCUGCUCACACUCUGACAGACAUCUGCUUCUCUGCUUUAUGGAAUUUAAUUUUCUGAAUCUUGAGUCGAUUUUGCUGUCUUCGCCAACAGAUGGCCAGCCAACGAUUUGGUUCAAUAUUUGUGGCCCUGUUGCUUGCUACAAUCACAUCAACAGACUCAAUAAAACCAGCAUCUCAGUGGUUAUCAGGCUGGUCUCCAGAAAAACAAACAGGAAGAGGUGGUAAUGAGACAAAUUAAACACAGCAUCAGUGUGGGUUUAGUCCGGAAUUAAGAGCCCGGAAAGAUGCCUGUGAGGAGGAUUCUGGCCCUCCUCUUUCAUCAACACUGAAGGCAACAGUGUGGUUUCACAGCCGCAACAUGAAUUCAGUGCUGGAGAGGGAGUGGAGAAGGAAGGAGGGGGUGUUGAGGUGGAGGAAGUGUUGGAGAAGUGUUGAAAUAGGUGAAGAUAAGAUGGAGUGCCAGACUCGAUUGCUUUACUAUUGGUUGUUUAUGGAUCGGACACAGGCCGCUUUGGCCCCUCUGGGAUUGAUUGUCUUCUGACUGGACAGCAGGCGAAUGGAAAGAUAAAGGUAAAAAACAAAGAAAAUGGUGAUAAAGGACAAGACGAUGGAAGCCUGCCCUGAAGUCAAAGUCAAUCUGAGUGGAGGUCUUUCUGUUUUUCUUUGUGGUUUCAUAUUUAUUUUUAAAAUCCACCGGGGGUAAUAUUGUUCCUGUAUAAUUGUCUGUUUGCAUCAUCUUUUGACAACUUCAUCCAACAGAUGAGUGUCUCACAUGAACUAUGUGAUCAAUGUUUUUAAGACUAUAUUUUCUAAAACCAACAUGAAAUGAUUAAAGGAGAUUUAAAGGUACUGAUCUACAUGUGUUUACAGGUAAUGGGGCACACUGAUAAAUGGGUGAAAAAAACUGUAUGAAACUGUUACUGGUGGCUCCAGAGAAAACAGCAAGAAUCUGGUUAAUGGACAUUUUACAGUGUUAUAAGAGUGUAAUCUCAAUUGACUGAAUAAGUAUUUCAGUAACAUUGUUGUCACUUUCAAUAAAACAGUCUGUAAAACUUUCAUUCAUUGACAAGACAAAUUGAUCAAAAAAGGUCAUACUCAUGAUCCCCUUCAAUGAUUUUCUGCCAUUUGUGUUUCCUUCAAGUUUCCACCAGUAUUUAGACUGGGCUUUUCAAUUACUUGACUUGUUUUCAAUUUGCCGACCAUUUUCUGACAACUUGUAACCAUGAUAUGAUAAAGUAGGGCUGGGCGAUAAACCGAAAAUUUACCAUGUCAAUAUAUUCAGUGUCAAAAAUAAAUAAAAGUUGGUUGGUUUUGGAUAUUAGGCUAUGGUUUUAUGUCCCUUUAAGAAGCUGUCUGUCAGAGACCCCCCAAUCCAGUCCGUAACAAAGAGAUAAAGACAGAUGAGGAGAUAGAGAAUGGUUAAAAAGUUGUAGCGGCUGAGGUGGCGGCUAAAGUACACAAAGUUAAUGUAGGAGGGGGUGAGCAGCUUGUGGAAUAGUUAUCGUUCAUUUAUUGUUAUCGAGGUGAACUGCUCAAUAAAUCGUGAUAUUGAUUUGAGGCCAUAUCGCCCAGCCCUGUAAUAAAGAAAUAAACAACAACAUCAUAGCUGCCUUAUGUUUUUCAUCAAAACUUAGAAGGACGUGUUGGUAAUGUCAUCCGUGGCUCGUCUGUCUAAGUGAAGCUUCAGCAGAAGGUCUAACCUUCACUAACUUUGAUUACUUUCAAGUGUUUGGAAGAAUCUUUAAUCACAGAGGUGGUAAACAUGUCUUAAAGGCACUUAACCGCUGUGCUGAUUACAGGGCUGUCAGAUCGAAGAACUCAAAUGUUUCAGUUUGAAAAGCUAUUCAAACUUUGCAACCUUUAGUUGCUCUUUUCUAACUACAACAGAUCAGACAUGACGCCUUUCCAAUGUAUUGUGCUGCUCUUUUUUAUCAAUCAUUUCUAAUUCAUGUUGCACAAAAAUAAUUUAUGGAUCGUAUGUGACACAUGAGAAAAUUUACUUUCAUACAGAUCAAAAGGCAACUGAGCCAACUGUCAGAUGUGGAAUUUAGAAAAACCAUAAACUGCCAGUUGCUCAUAGUGCUUAGUGCUUAAAAAGAAAGUCCUGCUCCCACCAGGUUGCUGGGAGGGAGGUUGAAAUUUUGCAUUUGGGAUUUCGGAAUUUCAAGCCAUGCUGCAACUAUACAAUUUUGGCCCGUCACUGCAACAAUAACCCUGUGUCUCCUGGAGUUUAGCUGCAUUCCACUUUUACACAUAUUAUUUGGCAUCUUGACACAGAGAGAUGUCAGACCAUAAGCAGCUUGCUCAGCAUCAGUGUUGCCAACUCCUCAGUUGGAAGGAAAGUCACUGGUUGCUGUCCUACAAGUCGCUCGAUGACGUCAUCACCUAAUUUUCAUAAUUGUUCAUUGCAUGUGUGAUAGUGAUUCAUCUUAGAUGCAUACAAUUUUACCGUAUAUCUGUAUCUGAGUUAUUCCAGUUGUUCACAGUGAUAUAAAAUAAAACAAAUUGAAAAGAAAAUUGAUCAACAUGAUUUGAGGAACUGAGGUACCAUCUGCAGUGAAAACUAUGUCGUAGUCCAUAAUGAAAAAAUUCCAAGUAAAUAAACUUGAAACCACCAUAUAUAGUUUAGAAAUGGUACUGGAACAUAAUAAGCAUAAUAAGCAGUCGAGUAUCACCCAAUAUAAAUCAUUUUAACCUUUAACCAUUAUUGUGGAACAUAUCAGGCAAUCUACUCCAAUUCUGUGCCUUAAGAAUAAUGAGGAGAUGCAGAGAGAGAUGGUGCAGCCUUGGUGGAGUAAUGAGCUUGAGUGCCUCUAUUUUCUGUCAGCUUUGUGUCAUUGUGUGUGUGUGUGUAUUUUGUUCUUGUUAAUGUGACGUGUACAAAGAAUCUCAGGGCCCUUUACUCCAGUGGGGCUUGUGAAAUACAUUUAGAAUAUCCAUUUAGCAUUUAACCCUUAAUGCCCCCCACCAGAAAACCCCCGCCGCUCUUGUGUGCACUGUGCAGCCCUCCUCUUCAUUACCAGCUAGGCUAGUUGUGUUUGUUUUAGCCCCGGUCCACCUGGCCCUCCAUUUCAUUACUUCAAUUAGCCUGAUUAGGAUCUAAAAUUGCUUGUGUCGGCUCGGUGAUUGACAGCAAUUGGCCACUUAGGGAGGAGAGCUGCAGACACGCACAGUGCUGCUCAAUGGCUUGUGCAGUGAAAAGCGCAUGUGUACAGUCUGUGUGUGCUUCGGGAAGAGGUGGGGUGUGUGUUUGUUUACCCUGAUGGGAGUUCUGCUCACUGAAGAUGAGAGCAAUUCUUCAGGCAAACAAUGUGGGCCCAAACACAAGAGAAAGUCCAGAUAUCUCACUUUACCCACACAGGCGCUGUGAGUAUUUGGCAAACAGAUGUGUGUUUGUGUGUUUGGGCUGGCAUAUCAGCAAGAUUUGGUAAACAUUACGAACUUAACAUUUCGGCAAAGCCAUAGACUGGAUAAAUGACACACACAGCCACUGUGUCAUCACUCAUUGGUUUGUUGACAGCCUAUUUUGUGCUCCUAGCUGCCACAUUAGUUUCCUUCAGCCAUAUUUGAAGCGAAGAGAAAUCUGGAGCGAAGCACGUUGGCUUAUCAAAGCUAAACCAUCUACAUCUUUGGGUAAUGCAUUUGCUGGUGAGCAUGCUGGUUAUCCCUCAUAUGACAAUCAAUCAAUUAAACAAAGACACAUCAGCACUGUCCACAAUUAUCUCUGCAGGGAACAGACAAUGAUCCUGACACUCUUAGUGGGGCCAACACAGAUAAAUCAAUGUAUAACAAACACAACACUAACUCUAAGCUAACAAGCCAGGUAUGGAGUACACACUUCUGAAUCCCCCUCAGUUUAAGUCCUUGUUUAGAGACUUCCAUGCUGGCCAUGUCAUACAACACAACAAAAACCAUGAAACAUUUAACUCAAAGUGAAAGCAGUGAUCAUACAAAAGUCUUUGCUGCCCUUUAGUGGCUACCUGUGAAUUUUAGGAUUGAUGUUUCAAGUUUAUCCCUGGCAGCGGCAGCAGUAGUUACAUGCAUGUUUGGCCAACAUUGUGCACCACACAGACACAUCCUGACAUAUCAUUCAGCAUCUCCGGCUCAGGAACUCCUGUGCAUGAGGAUGCCACAAAGGUGAACUCAAUGUCCUCUUUAAAUUUCUUCAAAAAAUCCCUUCUUAUCAUUGAGCUUUUUGCCUCUUCAUCAACUGCCAGAUAAAGUUAUAAUUGUUAUUAGGAAUGGGCAUGAUUAAUCAAUGAUCAAUUCAUUGAAAAUGACCUCGAUCACAGAAAAUUUCAAUCGAUCCAACGUUAACAAAAAAGGGCUGAUAGCAUGCAUCCAUCCUCCAGCAAAGAUCAACCUCUGCUGAUCGGGAGGGAUAUCCUCUUUGUCCAGUCAGUGUAUUUGUGUUGAAGCAAUGCAGUGACUAUCACCGUGCUGAAUGAUUUUGACAUUUUACAAGGGGGUCAAUAUAGCGUCAGCAAGCUUCCAUAGAGGUAAAAAAACAACAAAAAAACGAAGAAAGCAAGAAAUAUGAUGAGGUUUGCUGCAAACACUGCAAUGUUGUGUACAAGUACAACACGACAAUGACCCCAUUGAUGGACCACUUGGACCACAUACAUCUGACUGAGCUAAAUGAAUCCUCCGAACGUUCUCAGUCUCAACCUACCAUCAGCUCCUUGCUAGCAAGGAGGAUCUGUAGGGGGAACAGAUGUCGCCGAUUUCAGGGGACAUUCCCCGUUUUGGAUGACCUGUCCUCAGCUAAAGUUGUCCCCAGAAAUGUCCCCAAUUUUAGCGUUUCAUGAAUGAGAAAAAACAACCGUUAUUAUGGCAGCCGGGCAGGUAGGAAGCGUGAGUAAGCAUGUAGCACGCAGUCAGGGGGGUGGGAGGGUGUAUUUCAAUGAGGAAAAAACUGGUUUUGUGCAUUUUUUUCUUCCAUUUGCAUAAAAAAAGAUCAAAUUAAUGAUUGAUUGUUAUAUGAUUAAUCGAUAAAGGGAAUAUCUUUAAAUGUCCAUUCCUAAUUGUUAUACAACUGGCCAUACUUUAUAUAACCGCAUGGGAUUACUCCAAAAAAGCACCAACAAUGUUAACACCUUGGAAAGGUAUCGUCCUCUGCGACUGAAUUAGCUGACCAGCAGCAACAUCCUCUUGACAAGGAAAACUCUGCUAAUAAUGGCACACUUUAAGCUGUAAUAUAACCUUGUAUUAAUACACACAGACCACAUCUGUUUUUAUACAAGGCUGUAGAAUUUAUCCUGCUGUCAGCUUAGAUCUUUAGGUAUUGAACCACAUGGGGCUUGAAUUGCUUCUGGCGUUUACUCAGACACUGUGCAUGAACCGCAGAUCUGGGCAUUUCCAUUGUUGUUUCAUUGUUGUCCUUGACCCACUGAGGUUUCAGCUUGGGUAAAGCAUGAUAAAAUAUCCCCCACAUAUAUCAGGUGUUAAGCUCAGUAUAUAUCUACAUAAACAGACUUUUACCAGCAAGAGAAAAAAGAGCACAGCAACAUAUAGAAAGCACCUCGAAAUCCUGUCCCCUUGACAAGGACUUUCACAAACAUCAUUAAGGGAGGACUCCCCUCCUUCAUCCCACAGUACAACUUAACAUGCACUAAGUGUGUUGUAAUCAGCAUGUGUCAUUUACACACUGAUUGCAUGAAAUCGUCACAGACAGGCAAUAGCUACUCAGUCACGGCACGUUCUGUUCGGCCCAGUGGGAGCUGGAAAUGCGGCACGUUUGGCGGAGGCACAUGAAACGGUCAGGUGUAAUUUAGAGGACUCGGGUCUUCAUGUCUCUUUUCAUUAUAGCCCUUGUGGUCUACACGGCUAAAGGUAUUGCGUCUUCAGAGGUAGAUCUUUGGUAUCUGUCUUGGCUGAAUACUAAAUGGUGGAGUAAGGUGAUGCAUUUCUAAUGCAAUGAUGCAAAAUGCAACGGUUUAUCACAAGUAGCUGAUAACCAGAGCGGCAGAGGUCCAUGACAGAACAUUAAUGUGUCUCUCAAACAGUCAGCAAUAACCUUACUCCUUCUCCUUUUUCUCCUCAAGUGCAGGUCCUAAACAUGUAUCAUUCACACCCUCUUUCAUCAUCUAUGUCCUUUCCAUUCUCUUUUAUCACAGGCUUGCAUCUCAUGGUGAAAAACAGAAAGUGUUUUCACACCAUCUCUCUUUUUAAGCACAUUUGGCUCAUUUGUUUGACUCCAACUUUCCAUUUAAUCUGACUUAGUAUAUCAUUUUUAUGUUACUCUUUGGAUGAGUGUUUUAUUUCAUGAAUCAUUUUCUCUGAAUUGGAGUCAAAGUAUUAAUCCUCCACCUCUGCCAACAUGUAAUGGUCAUAUGUGUAAGCAGCAGCAUCCUGAAUCUAUGACUUUGCUUUACAGCUCUGUCUUUAUACUCUGUACAUUUUUAUGUGACGUUCAGCUUGUUGUUUUAGUUUACUGAUCAUCAUUUUAUUCUACUGUUUUAGAAGUCACUUUCUACAACUGUGUGGAACUAAAUGGCACAAAGUUCACAACUUGGGUUUAACAAACUGAAAAGCUACAUGCUAGCAAGAGCUAUAGCCAGUAUAUUUUAAAUAUUGGUCAAACAAAGGUUUUGCUGUCAUAAGUCUGAUUGGAACUUUAUAUGUUGAGGGUUAGUCUGACUGCAAUCCCACUAAGUUAAACUUCUCAUAAUUGGACUAGCACAUCUAGAUAAUGAGGUUUGAGGUCAUUUUUUUGUGUGUACACACUCAUUUGGACAGAAACUGGCAAGAGCAUUUAGCACAUGCUCAAGAGUUUGCACAUUUUGACCAGAGGCUUAAAAGCAUUAAUGCAGUGCUAAUCCAGGUACUUAACCUCAACAGGAGAAAAAAGGGUGUAAAAAAAAAAAAAGCUGUAGUAUGAAAUAGGUAAAGAGCUGUAGAAGUGAUGGUGUUUUCAUAGUUUGAUGUACAUCCCGUUAAUCACUUGCUCACACUUUGACCAUUGGUAUGUGAUGUAGAAGCUUGUGUCACCACUUAUUGGCAGACAUGCUUCUGUCAGUAAUUUAAUUCUUAUAAACUGGGACAAGGACUGUACCCCAGUAAAAGGUCUUAAUCCAGCUAUGGACAUAGCUUGACUUGACCGUGAAUCUACAUAUACUGGGUGGAAUAACAGAAGAAUGCCAAUCCAUCCAUUAGGGCAUCACCCACAAUUCUGACUGUGAAUUUCUAAUGACUGCUUGUCCAAUGGAUGUUUUGGCCUAAAUUGGUUUGCAAACACAUUUUCUUAAGUACAGCCACAUGAUGAGGUUUUGAGUUAUUUCAGCGACUUUAGCAUCUUGGGUUUUGGUUAAAAAUGUGUAUGCCCCUGGGAAACUUGCUUUCUUUGUUGUCAAUUUUCACUUUCCAAGUAGAUUUUCUGUCUUUUCCCAAAAGAACAAAUCUCUUUCUACAUUUAUCUCUCUCCUACAGCCAGGAUGUCUGUGAGAACUGCAAAGGGGGGAGCCGAUAGUAGACCGUCCUCUGCAACCAGGUCAGUGAGAUUCAAUGAAAAGUGCUCGAGAAAAUGAAUAAGAAAUGAACACACUUUUAAAAUCUAAUUAAGAAUUUAAUUAAAUGUUCAAUCAAGUGGCGAGGUUGUGCACUUUCGCAAAUUUGAGUCAGUCUAAGUUACGAUGUGCGGCUCUAACAACAACAAAGAAGUAAUGCUUUCAUCUACAAGUGAGUGGCUCUUUUGGACAGAGUGUUGCUGGUCUGCUUAUAAAUAAUUUCCACUGGUUUCGACAUCUGUGUCGAAUAUAAGAAAUUCAAACAAUUUUCUUUCAUUAGCGCUGCUGUCCAUCAGCAGUCUUUACUUCCCUGCAUGACAGUCCAUCUAUGAGGGGGGGGGAAAUAGUUGGACAUUCUGUGUCGAACACUGGUUAUUGGGAAAUUAUUCAUUUCAGUUGGUAUAGAAAUCACUUUAAAUUAAUUUUGUUUUCUGUCUUUCAGCCUUUCUCCAAGAAGCGGCAGGAGUUCGGCAGCUGGCAGAUCACCCGUCUCUGGGAGAUUCAAGAACAAGGCUCUCCAGCUCAGCUUAUCCAAGAAAUUCUGGUUAUUAUCAUUCUCUGUGUCUAAUCGACAUUGAUUAGGACAAGGGGCAAUAGGUUGUGUAGACUUGUGCACCCAAUUAGUGUCAUUGAUUGGUACAUCUGCUGCAAAACAAACCCCUAGAAUCCCAAACUUGUGCUUGUGAGAAACACCUCCCGACUUUCUUUCUUUUAUGUGGAAGCCAAUAUAGCCUCCAAAGUCAGCUGAUGGCACUACCAACAUUUUUCAAUCAUCUUACUUAAGCUGAGCAAUCAUGAUAUGAAGGCAGAUGGAGGUAAACAUCUCUCUAAUGUGAUUUAUUAUGUGACUAAUGUGAUUAUGUGAUUUGUGUUGAGUACCGCAGAAAAGAGGCGACAAUAAAACAAAAACUUGGCUUUGGUGGUGGCAGUUCUCAACAUUUGGCAUUUCGAUGCACAUUUUACAGCUCCAAGUCCAAGUCCCCAGCAGCCGAGGGGAAGGGCUCUAAAGAGGGGCAGACUCGCAAGAGGUCCAGCAACAGCUCGGCAGUGGCAGCUGCCUACAUCUCCUACCUCAAUAAACUCUUUGGACAGGUCAGUCCGACAGCACAUAACUGCUCAUACUCGCAUGUUGCAUGCAGUCAAAGCCUCCAAAGAUGUGGCCAAUCAGAAGGAAGUAGGCUCGUGUAAGGGGGGGGCCUUAGAGAGACAGCAGCUAAAAUGGCGCAUUUCAGACAAAGGCUAAAAUCGUGAUAUUUUAUUACACCACUGUGAGAAAUUUGAGGCUUUUUUUGAUCUGAAACUCACAUUAAACUAUUAAAGGGUAUCAGAGAGGAAAUAUAAAAAUUGCAUGACUCCCCUCUUGAGUGGACUUUUAAGAUUGAUGAAAACAAGAGAAGUUGUAGUGAUUUAAAAAAAAAGGCAUUCUCAUUGUUCAGUGAUUGGUUGAAUUUUUAGGGGGUUAUUAUGUGACUUUCUGCAUGCAACCACAUAUGUAGUUGCUCACAGUCAUGAUUGCAGUAUUAAGCUUCCUUUUCAUGAAAUAAUAGGGCUGGGUGAUAACGCAAAAAUUUACCGAACCAAAAUUUACGAAAACAACUAACGUAAUUUUAUUUUAUUUUUUUGGGGGGGAGGUUUCGCUGUUACCCCCACUCUCUUGACGCUCAUUGCGCUACGCUUUUGCUACAUUAUGUCCCCCGCACUAGACCGUGUAUAAACUUAACGUUACCAUUCACAUUAAUGGAAGAGGGUCCGACAGGAUUUGAUGCGCUUGUUUAAGACUCAAAACAAGUCGAAAAUAAGGUGUGUUGUUGUGCUCACACAGUGCAAGUAGAAAUCAUUGGUGGUGCAUUGAUAUUAAUGCUACUAAUGCUAUUGAUGCUACUCGCUAUAUAAACUGUGUAUCAGCUUGAACGUUACCUUUCACGUUGAUAGAAGAGGGUUCGACAGGAUUUGAUGCGCUCGUUGAUGACUUAAUACAAGCCAUAAAUAACGUUGUGUGUUUUUGUGCUUAUAAAGUGCGAUUAGAAAUUAUAAGUAGCGUAUUAAUAUUAAUGAUCAUGUGAAAUUUCAGUAGCGGUGCAUGUAAUUUAGCAGUGGCGGUGUGAGACAGGUGAGGAGAUGGAGGACGGUUUCAAAGUUGUAGCGGCUGGAGUAGAAGAAGUUAAUGUGGGAGGGGGUGAGCAUCUUGUGGAGUAGUUAUCGUCCAAUUAUCAUUAUCGAGGUAAACUGCUCAAUAAAUCGUGAUAUUAAUUUGAGGCCGUAUCGCUCAUCCCUAUAAAAAAGGCAUCCUUUAGUCGCAGGUGUCAGGAAAAAAAGGAUUUAUAAAUAGCAGGUGAGCCAGCUGAUUUCAGCUAUUAAGCAGAUGAUGUCACAGGCUAUGACUGCUCGAAUGAUCAAUACUAAUAAACAUCAAAUGAUCUCAGCAUUGUGUAAAUUGUGGCUGAUUGAAAAAUCUUUUCUUGCGGGGUUGAGAGAAAACGUCAGCAUCAGCUUUUUUUUAGAAAGUGCUAGAGAGUGACGCGCAUCCAAGCAACAAAUCAUCCUAACAGACAGUCAUUUGACUCUGACUGAAACAAAGGAGCUGAAAUCAGAGAGGGACCGAGUUUACAGAAAGGGGAGGUCAGGGUGGAUAGAUGGGUCAAUAAAUAUCUCACUUGGUUAUUGGAGUCUGCUGCUUGUCUUGCAUUUCCUACUGUGAGUCAGCCAUGGUUUAUAUUAUACAGAAUCUCUCAAGAACAUGAACAACAUAAUCAUGAUUAGUUUAUUCAAUAACAGACACUCCACUACUCUGUUAUCUUGGCUCAAGUGUAAUUAUUCAUGCCACAAGCGAGCUAAGAGUGAUGAUGCAUCCACUAGAUUUCACUCAGAUUAUGGAUGAGGAUGUGGCUUUGGGGUGUAAGAGAGUGGGAGGAUUGGCAGAGAAAACAGCAACAGUAACGAAGACAGCAUUGCCUUUCAGAGUGAAAAUUAAUUAACUACUCAGUAGUCCUCUGAAAGGGACUUUUACAAUUGCAUAUGCACCCAUAAGCCAAAACAUUAUGCGUACUGACAGGUGGAUAUCAUUGAUCAUCUCUGUAUAGUAGCACCUGUCAUUGAGUGGGAUAUGUUAGACACCAAGUAAACAUUUUGUCCCUGAAGCUGAUAUGUUGGGACCAUAAAAAAUGGGUGAGGCUAUAGGGAUGUAACUCUGACAAGACCCUACUUGUGAUGGCUAAAGAUAUGUCAGAGUUAGGGAUAGGAGUUAAAUUAUUGUUCAUGAUUUAUCAUCAGAAAACUCCUCCAUGAUAAAUAUUUGCCAUCUUACGAUAAACGCGAUAAAUGCAAGUUGAUGACGUAAGUGCGAGCGACAGACUCGCAGCCGUAGACCACACAGAGCAGAAUAACAAACAAACAUGGCCGAAGGUGGUGAAGAAGACAUCUCUGAGCAGCUCGUUGCUAAACAAGGAUUGGGGUUUAGACGAGUGCAAUCAAGUAUGCCUGACAUCAGACAGUAGAUCUGCUCACGCUGUGCAAUUAGAGUUUUCAAUAAAUGUUGAAAGUGUUCACACAUUUCAGACUUGUUUGAUGUCACUCGUUUUCUCUAUAACCUACGACUUCAACUUGUAGUUAAGUAUCUUGUUUGACUAUGCCAACUGGUAAGUGCGAUCCAAGAACAAUGAUUGUGGUGUUCUCAAGACAGAAUGAGUCAAAAACAUCGAUAGGAAUUUUAAUAUUUUUUAUCAAGGUUUUUAUCGUCAUUGGCAGAAUGGCAAAACUUAUCAGGAUACAUUUUUUAGCCUAUAUCACCCAUCCCUAAUCAGAGGAUGUCAGAGUAUUAAUGUUACUGGUCAGCAAUGGUUUGCACCUGCCUGAAGUGGUACUAAAAGCAAAACCAAUGAGCUGGUGACAAGGUCCUGCAUGGCCAAGGUUAUUUGAUGGACAUGAAAAGUGAAACCUGGCCUGUAUGGUCUGGUUCAACAGAGCUUAGACUGCAAGAAAUAAUAAUAAUGAUAAUAAUGCUGGUUCUCACAGAAAAGUGUCAAAAUAUAUUGCGCAUUGCAAUUUGUUGAGUAUUGUAUGGGGCUGAGUAGCUGUAGACCUGUCAGAGUCCUGUCAAUCAAUGAAAGCACUAUUAAAGAGCAAAAGAGGGCAAGUGGGAGAAGGUGGUCCAGAGAAACACGUUCAUAGUGGUAUGGUUUCCAAACUUCUCAGAUCUUAAUCAAAACAAUCAAGCAUCUGUAGGAUGUGCUGACCAACCAAGAAUGAUCCUUGAAGGUGCCACCAUUGAACUUACAAGGCAGCCCUGACCUGACCAGGGGGACUGGGAGUCCACAGUAUCAAGAGGGUGGUCAUGAUGUUGUGGCUAAUGGGUGCUGGUCACAGGAAGUAAAUUUGAUUCGUGCCAUGUAGAGCUAUAAUUUUGCUACCGUUACAUGUUCUCAGACUGAUGACUUACUUUCUCUGUAGCAUUCAGAAGAUGUAACCCUCCAGUGUCUGCCUGAAUCAGUGUGAUUGUGUUUGUGCUUUUGGAGUCUUUGUGCUCUUGUCUUGAUUAUCUUGUCAUUACAGUCUGAGGCAAAAAUCUUGAUUGAAAACAUAAACAAGACGAUCAAUCCCCUGAGCCCUGUUCUAAUCAAUUGUCUUAAUGGUUCAAAUACCACUUUUUCCCAGUUAAUACUUUGACUUCUAUUGCUUUUUUGUUUUCAUAACAUUGUUUUCUUUCAAUCAAGGAAAACAGAUUAGAGAUAGUUAUGUCAUCUGGCUUGAUUCAUCGAUUAUGACCAAAGAAGCUGUUUUCUAAAGUCUGCCUAAAAUGAAGCUGCUAGAUACUGUUUCAAAAAAGAAGUUGGUUUUAAAACUCGAGUUUGAUUUUUGCUUACAAUCAAGCAACAGUCUCACAGGCCAUGGGAAAUAAGAGAGACAGAAAUAAGAGCCUGACAAAGUAAAGGUUCAUUAAGAGCAGGUUAUAGACUGACUCACAGCUGAAAGAAAAGGCAUUAUAUUGACUUUAAGGUUACACAGAACAGAGCUGGUAAAUGGAUCUAUUUGUUCAGCAGAGUCCAAGUGGUAACUAUUGAUAGAAAAUUCAACAGUGGUUGUAAUGAUCUGCAGUUAACAGUAACUAUCUGAAAAUGUGGGUGCCGCUUGCAAACUGCUAAUUGCUGUUACAUAAGAUAUUGGACAAAUGAGAAUAGAAAGCAAGAAUGAUUACCCACCUCUUAAGUCAUUCAAAUAUGGAACCUUCCAAUCAGGACCCUGGGCAGUUAUCCCAACAGUCAACAGAUAGCUUAAAAAUUGGACUUGCCUGAAUGAAUACUCUGUCCAGAUCUAUUAAAGCUUUAUCCUGGUUAAUAAACAUGGAGCUCAAUGAUAGCUUGUUCAUUUCACAAAUACUCUAAAAGGAACAAUGGGUCGGUGUAGGUGUUCACUUCAGUUUCUAAAGAUAGAUCUUUUAGUUGCUUGAGUUGACAGGAGCCAGAGUGGACAAAUUGUUGGUUCAUGUUUAUGUAUUGUAUAGAGAAAAUGGAUGUGGACAAAAUCCAGGGUGUUAAUGAGACUGACUGAAAACCACAGAGGAACCUAGAAUGACUAAUGAACAUUAAAAUUAAUGGUGGUAAUUGGAUGGUAAUAGCAAUGAUUUAUUUUGCAACUAAAAUUUUAAAGCUACAGCAUCACAUUCAGGACAUCACAGCUGUUUACUCACAGAAGUCAGUGCAGCAGUAAUGUGUUUUUCAGAUAUUUUUUACAUAGGGUACUUUUAAAAAAGACACAUUGACUAACAGGUCAGUGCUGCUGAAGAGUCGUUUUUAGUGAGAAUUAUAAUUAGUAAAUUUCUACAUAAAAAGCUUCAGGGCAGAAAAAACAAGACAAACUAAGCUGAAUAUUGCAGGUAGAGGGAAAAAUAAUUUCAGAAGGAAGAUUAAAUUAAAAGUUGGAAUGUCAAGAAUUGAGAAUUUUUGAGAAACAUUUCUAAAUAAAAAGCUACAUCAUUAAAAUAUAAGCCAAGCAUGUUGAAAUGUAAGAUGUCAUCUGCUCACCUGUGCUGUCUUCCCAAUGUCACUCUGAAGGUUUACACUAGUGCAAGCCUAUACAGUAUAAGCUGAACAGACGAUGGUACUGAGAGUCCGCUACCAAACCAGCCUCUACCAUCAGUGUAUGAAUGCAGAAUAAGUCAAGUCCGUUUACCCUGUUUGCUGAGUGUAAUAUGGCCAUUUUUUUACUCGUUAUGUAUUUCAGUUUAAAAAAUUUUUGUAAAAAUUCUCAAGACUUUGAAACUAUAAAUAAACAUGAGACGCUUCUGCAUGCUUUCAACCUGCUUGGACCCAGCUAAAAUACAGUAAUUGCUGUUUUAAUGUUGAUGCCAUAAGAUCCUUUUAAUCACUGAACCGAUAUGGGACUAUGUAAGACCCAAUUACAAAGCACAGCCUGAGGCUUUGUCAUAAAUGCCUUCAUUACAGGAGAGGGACUUAUGUAAAAGAUAACAGAGAAACCUACACGAGUGGGAGCUGUGUGCCUAUGAAUGUUUUAACAACACUUCAUGAUCAGAUAGGACUGUUUCAUUGUUUUUGAGCAAUUUAUGGGAAUUGGGAAGCAGCGUCCUUGGGCUGGGAUGUUUUCGUGCCUCCACAUUAAUCCCUGAGUUACUACCACACCUGCCAGGACAGAUCUGCUUUACCUUACCGUGACACCCUGGUUUAAAUUUACUGGUAUCUGGGUGGAGCCUUUGAGUCAUGACCACGGGACAGACGACACUCUGUUUAGGUUACUGCCCUGACACUGAGGCCGGGAGACCAUCCAUCUUGCAGAGGGCCUAAUCCCUGCCUCGACGCAAGUAUUAAUAACCCCCUCAGCAAGGUUCACUGUCACCCCUCAUUACAUCCAACUUACGGAGAAGAGGCUGGGACAGACAAACAGCCCUCGAAAAACAAUUGGUGCAUUUACAUGUCAGGGAGGAAGACGGAUGUGAACUUGAAAGGCCUGAAACGCAUCGAUGAGCAAGAUACAGUACAUACUGCAACUGUGUGUUACGGUGUUUUUGCUGUGAUGAGCACUCCUCACAUGUAUGUUUACGCAUCAUGCUUACAAAGCAGCAGACUACCCAAUGGGCCAUGUGAAGGCAGACAGAAUGAAAUUAACUGUUAAUGGGCUUGUUCGGUAGAAGGAAUUGAGCGACUGUACGCAUUGCUGUCUAAUCCUUCAUGGAUGAAGAAAAAAAUCCAAUUAAUGCUUUGACCUUGCUUCAUAAAUAUGUCCUUGUAGCCAGCAUAUCCUGUGCUGGGUAAACACCAUUUUAGAAACAUCUUAGUUUGGUUUUGCUUCAGCUUUUUGAGUAAUAUAUUAGAACUUCAGACAUAUUUAAACAUCAGAAGUGUUUCCGUUAUUUACGCGAAGUACACGUAAGAGUGAGAGCUCUUGAUGCAGUUGGGUCCUGGCGUUGAAUCUGUGCUGCAACCGUGUUGGCAAUAUCAUACAGUGAAUAAUCAUUUGAACGUCUGCCAUACCGAGCACUUUCCAAAUAAGCCACGGGGCUUCUUCUUCUCCCUUAAGCCAUUGUGCACUUGAACAGGAUGACCUUGUAUGAUUUAUGUAUUAACCACCGUAAGUGCCAGCUUGUAUUCAGAGGAAAACAUUGCACACCGCUUUGAAUUUCAGUUCCACUGCUGCUCUGAUUUUUCAAGUCAGGUUUAGAGUUAGAAAAAAUGCUGAAGGUUGAAAAUCCCCGCUCUCUUAUUGAAGUGGCAAAGAUGUACAAACAGAAGACACUUGAUAAAAAGCAAUGUAUGAAAACUUUAACAUUUUCAUACUUUAGUUUUUCUAACGUCUUAAAAAUGAUACUCAACUAUUCACUAAUGCUCAGCUACCAGAAUUACAAGUUAAUCAAAAUAAUUAAUAAUAUUUUGUUAUUGCAGGCCUGAGAUACUGGUCAUAUGUUGUCUCUAAGAUGCAGUACAACCACCUAUUAAUAACAGGGCUGUUGCUUCCUGCCAUAAUGUUACAGUGCUUUACUAUCUGUAUGUACUUUUAAUUCUGCUUUUAUUUUAUCCAUUGUUUUAAGUGUUUUUUGAUUGUUUUUCAUCUUGUUGUUUUGUCUAGUUAUGUACAGCACUUUGUUCAGCUGUGGUUGUUUUAAAGUGCUUCACAAAUAAAGUUGAGUUGAGUUGAGUUGAUGUAAACAAGCACAGGCUGCAGAUGGCAUCUUAAAGCCACCUGCAACUUGGCAUUUACCUACCAUUUUGCCUGUUGUUGAAACAGAACUUAGAUGAUCCUUUAAAAGAUUUCGAUAAAAAAUGUCUGACGCCAUGGAAAAAAUUUUGAUUUCAAAGGUGGGGGGGGAACACAUGUGACUUGGGUACUGUUGAGUACCCUUGAGACAUAUAGCCUAGCAAACAGCACAUCUAGCACACACAGUAACAGAGGAGGCAAUACGGCCAGGGGGUGGAUGGAAGUACGCACCAAAUACAGGGAUGUAAAUGAAACCUCUGAUGAAUGUGACGUUACGGAGGGAAAAUUAACGCCGCCCUCCUGUAAACUUACAUGAGCAAAAAGCGAUGUUCACGGACUGACUCUUACGGGCAACUUGCAAAACACUAGUCCGGCGGGCAAGGAGUGACUGACAGCAGGGAUAGCCAAUCACACACAAAAAGCAUCCCUGCGGCAGAACCAAUCAAGGACCUUGUGUGCGGUCCAAACUGAGGGACACCAGUUUUCUACUUGAGCGGCCAUUUGGUCCUAUUGGUUUGCUAUAGCGUAUAGUAACAUUGUUUUCAGACGGUUAAAACUGCAGGGGGACCAAAACGGGCUUUUGAAGCGGGGGGGAUGUGUCCCCCGUGUUCUCCCCACAAAUCACGUCAGUGUCUGACACUAAAGAAAUUUCAUAGUAGAUUGCCAAUCUCACAGAGACUGAUUUGAAGACAUGUUCCACCUUUGCAAGCGUGUCAUAUUCUCUGUUGCUGAUUCUCAGUAUUUUUUUAUUGCUGCAAUAAAACAAGCAAGAAAGACAGAGCAUGUGGUUAAUUUAACUCAGAGUUUUCACAGACAUCCAGAUCAGUCUUGUUUCUUUGAAUUUAUAGACUUUGAAUGUCUUUUUGCUAAGCGAUAUCUCCAUAUGUCAGGCUAAGCUGCUCUGCACCAAGCUGACUGAGUUUGCAUGUUUCUUGCUUCCCUUGAGGGUGUGAUAAUGUUUCUGCAGAAGAGCAGCACGUUGUUAGUAAGCCCUUGAGUCAAGAUGUAGCUGGCAUAAGAGGGAUUUUAGGGAAGGCGUUUUGCCUUUGACAGACAAACUGCUUUUAAAGGAUAACUUCUGUCAAUAUCUAAUUUAUUAAAACGCAAAUUUGUACUCAAUUAUGCUAAUUAGAUAAUUGUUCCAAGGACUGAUGCAGAUGAUACUUCUGUUGAUUUGUCUUGCUAAAAUAUGAGCUCAUUUAGUGCCAGCAUGAUGAGACAGAGUUGAUAUCUCUAGAUUCAUAUUUUUCUUACUUUUUAAUUACUUUUUAACACAAGGAUAUGCUUUGCAAUUGACCAAAACAUAACCUCUUUUAAAGUUUUUCCAUCCUCUGCCAUUUGCCUUUGCAAUAAUUUAACUAUUUGGAUGUCUUAACAUGCUUCAAUUUCACUUCACACCAUUUCCUCUCUUGACUGUCAGUGUUGAGAAUUUGUUCCAAGCUCUCAUCUCUGCCUCAACUUUCCUGAAAGCACUUCAAAAUGGGGGAGGAAGAGGAACAGGGAGAAGGAAAGAUCACUCUCUGUGCAAAUGUCAAAACAAGGCAGAGAAUACUGAGUGUUCACACACAAGGAUAUAUGCAAAUUAUGUGUCUGUAUCUUUCUAGGCAGCGGUGUGAGUAUUUGUGUCUUGGUUUACAUGCAUUUGUGUUUCUAAAAGUGUGAGGUUUGAGCAGCUCACUGACACAGCAGUGGGUGGUGGGUAUACUCACAGACUGCUGUGUAUCCCUGAGGAUGCUGCAGAUGUAGAGCAUGUUAGUGUGUGUGUCCACAAAGGAGUGUGUGCUAUUGUGUCAUCUUGCAAAUUAGAAAGACAUGUUGCUGGAUGAAAUCCCAUUAGGGUUGACUGUCAGCAUGCAGCAGUAUUGACAUGAUAUGCAUGUUAUUCUAAUUUGGGAGUCAAAAAAUGGAUAAUCACAGGGUUGUUUCUCAGGAGAAUUUCCUGUUUCAAAGUCACAUUGAUUUUACAUCCUGUCUUGUGUUGCUGUCUUGUAAUGAUGACUAUUUUUUCUUUUGUUUUAUUUCAUUCUGAAAAGGAGCGAGAUCUGAUGUCAGGGGAAUUAGACGGUAAGAAGUUUUUUUUAUCAAACUGCAAAAACAUAAAUUACAAAUUCGUUGCACAGCUUCAUCAAUUGCAUUGAUAUUUUUUCUCAUUAGCUUGCAGCUCUUCAUGACUCAUGUCAGACAUUGAUGUCAGGCAUUAGACUGCAUUGAAAUGUUGUUUACCAAUGACUCCCAGCUAUAAAAUCAAUUUACUUACACUGCUUGCUGUCCCUAGGAGCUGGCUUUGGUUCUCUGUUGGAUUAAACAAAAUUUGUUCAAAGAAACUACCAGUAUCUGAUUCUGUGCGACUGACUCUCAGGGAAAAAAGGACUGCGUACCCUACUUAACGGUUUGCUGUAAUUUGUUUGUGUUUUGGUCAGAGCUGCAGGAGGCCUUUAAAGAAUUUGACUAUGACGCAGAUGGCUUCAUCCAUUACAAAGACAUCGCAGACUGCAUGAGGACCAUGGGCUACAUGCCUACAGAGAUGGAGCUCAUCGAGAUCAUUCAGCAAAUCAAGAUGAAAUGUGUGUAUCUAUCCAUUUGGUUAUGUGUUCGUGUUGUUUUCAUUUCUUCCCCCCUGUGGUUAGAGCAUGUGAGAAUGAUUGAUUGGACUGAAGUGAGGUGUGAGCAUUUGAGUAAUAGGUCUUUGUGGUUUGCACAAACAUGUAUUGUUGGGUUCAGAUACAAUUCCAUGUUGGCCCGAUGUUUGCCUUUGAAAAUGGGGACAUUUGAGGUAUUCUAGCCUACUGAUUAAUGGCCCUUUUUCUGCAGGUGCAGGGGUGCAUGAGUGUGACUCUCCAUCCAAAAGAGUGUUUAGCUGGGAUUUAACACCUUACUUGCACAGCUGAUCAUCUUUACUGUCCUUUCUCAACUCUCAUACAUUUAUUUUGGUCAGUGUUACGAUUCGAUGGUGAAUUUACCAUCUCAAAUGACUAUCAGCUCAAAUUCACAAAACAAACACUCUCUUCAAUGUCUUCCCAUCAGUGCAUUUCAUGCAGCCACACAUAUGUUACGAGUUUGUUCAUUCUGUGCCAUUUAGAGACAGAGUGAAGCAAGGUGGCAGUUCCUGAAGAAGAGGGAUGACUUACAAGUUAACAAAAACAUAAUGAUUUUUAUAUGUAACCGGUUAUACGCAGAUUCAAACAUAUCUACAUACAUCAUAUUCCACUUCUACUAGGUCUUUCUGCUAAUGUUGUUAAAUACUGCAGACUGCACCUUUAAAGCCAUUUUCAUGACAUACAUACAUUUCUUGUUUUGCAUCUGUUUGUCAAACUAAAACAACUAACUCAAGGGAUGUUCAAUGCAAACUUCUGAUCCACAAACACAAUCUAAACUCUUCCACUUCAAAACAUUAAUAUUUAACAUUAUAAUGGUUUUUAAAUGAUUGUCACCACAUUUCUUAUUGGUUUUAGGCCUUGCAGACAGGUUUGGUUUGAUUGACUCUUUGUCUGAAACAGUGUGGGGAUGUUGUUUUAAAAAGGUUUGGUUACUUCUGAACAUUUUGUCACUUUGGGGGGGUUUGUAAGCCUUUAAAUCAGUAGCAGUAUCCUGGAGUUGUGGCCUGUGGGGGAUCUGGAUCGCUUGCAGCAGGUUCUAAUUACACUGAGAAACAGAGCAGUGGUAAAUAAUAAAACUACCAAAAAAUUGGCCCAGCUUCCUUGAAAAAUGACUGAUAUGCAAAUCACUCAUUAUCCUUUGCCAGUACAACUGUUAAGUUUUGGACAUUAUUCAUGAGCGCAUACAGCAUACAAACAAGAUUUGUCACCACAAAAACAUCCGUGGAAUAACACUGCGUGAGCAAAGACCUUAAAACUCAACAUUAAAAACAGAUUCAUGUUCUGUCUGAGAGCAGCACGGCUAACUUUUAGCAAGCGGGUAGCUGCCUCCUGUCAGGUGUAGCUAACAGCACUUCAUGAUGAAAAAGUAACUCAAACAGAAAUUUAAGCAAAAAGUGACUCACAGUUUCAGGUACAGCUGGUUCGGACGUCCACUUCUUCCUUGAUCCGAUUUGGUAGUCUGGUUAUUUCCCAAAUCUGGCAGCACAGUCGCCAUGUUUACAUGUGCAAAGUUUCUUGAUCCGGUUAAAAUUUUGAGGGAUCGGAUAAUCUGAAUCCACUGUUUAUAUGGGUGCGAAAUCAAAUAAUCCGACCAUACAUGCGCUAAACUAUCAAAUUAUAAGCAUUUGGACAUGCGCAGAGCUGUCUAAUUUCGCUAAAACAACCGCAGAAGAAGAGUAGUGGCUCACUCCAUCCAAUUUAAUUCAAAAGUGUCCCCUCUGUCAAAUGUUGUCACAAGAUGGCGCCCUUGCGAAUUUAUUUUACUGCUCUGUCUAAGGCUGCACUGUGCGUGCAGAUGUGACAUCAUUACGCCGCAUGUAAGCCUUGUUAUGUUACCGGAACAGCAGACACGGCACCCGCGGUUGUGCGUUAUGCCAGUUUUAUGAAACCUCCUGCACUGAUCUCAACAAUAAGCCAAAGGAUAAGGAGCAAAGAUCGAGUCAGGUACGAGAGUCACAACCGGAAUAAGUGUUUACAUGGACGCGUUUCUGAGUUACGAUCGGCAUAAACCACCCCUCUCGAUCAUUUCUGUUUCUUUCCGAUUGAGCGGAAGUGGAUCAAAAUCUUCCGAUCGACACGUCUACAUGACACAUUCGUAUUCCGAUCGGGCAUUUAUUCCGAUUAUUUGUGCCCAUAUAAACGCAUCUAUUGUCUCCCCCAGGUUACCAUCCUCCAGGUUGUAACUGAUAUCUUUCCGCCUCGCCAAGUUUCUUAUCCAUAACUAAGUAAACUCGGCCCAUUGUGAUAUCAUUACCACGGGUUUCUGUAUUCCACGAAGCUGCAAGCCACUUGAAAUAACUUUGAUGCAGGAAUGCAACAGAAACUUGAGCUGAUAAUGAAAUUUACAUGGAUAGGAGCCCUCAAAUGAAGCUUGCACAGCAGCUAAGACUGACUGUUAUCUGUCCCUCAAAGAGCGAGGUUUCGACAUUACUAAGUACCCUAUUUAUCUUAACCUAUGGUGCUGUGGUAUGCCAAGUUUGAUAGGCUUUUUUUAUUAUAUCAAAUUGCUGUCUAUGUCAUUUAUGUUUGUAUUUGGGGAAUAUGUGAGGUUUUGUUUGUCUUUAUUUUUUUUUACCUCAAGAGAGAAUCUUAAAUUAGCUUCACAUGAAGAAAUUGUAAAUUGAGUCAAAUAUAUUAAUGCCAGGUAUAGUGUUUGUCCUGCAGAAGCAGCUAACCUUCAAUAUAUAAGUUGGAGGAAAACUGGAAUUGAAGUAUUCUUACCAUCAUGCUUAAUUCAUGAUACUUAUUUUAUAUUAUUAUUGAUAUAAAUUAUUCAUCCUUCAUCAAUAUUUUAAUUUGACCCAUAAGGAACAAAAGGCUAAAGACAUUUCAAACUUAAUCCCUUGAGCAUAAUCCCUACUGAGCCAUGAAUACCAUAAAAUUCACUCUUUUUAAUAUAUAACUUGCAUAACACAAUCAAUUAAAAAGUAAUAAUAAUCUUCUUAGACUUUAGUGAGAAUUUUACAACUCCAUGAUUAUAGACUGACCCAGUUAUAGCACAGAAAUUAUUCAAGGCAAUGACAGGAAUCCCCCACUGACUAUUUCUCCACAAGGGUAAAGCCAGCCAGCCAAAAAAUAAACCGUACCUUGGGGGAAGUGUGAAAGUUGUCAGAAAACAUAAAGUGAGUAGUCUUUCACUGCAGAAUCCUGCAGCUGCAGCUAAACCAUGACAUUAUGAACAUUAGUGGCACGCCUCAUCACCAUUAGAAUAAAAGCUUUUCACGCAAGCACAGUUUGCAAAAGAUAGUCCUCAACAUUGCUUGGUAUCAGAACCAGAAAAUGACCACAUGGCUUUAUUGAAGUCCCCUUUCACAAUCACCCAGGCUCUGAUAAUGAAAACAGGCUGAGAACAUUGGUAGACACAAUCAAUUAAGCCUGUCUUUUGUUCAAGUAAUAAAACAGGCCUUCCCAUAGCACUGUUUUGAUAAUUGCCAUGGGGAUCAAACUAAAAAGGCUGGCUCUGAGUGGGUUUCAAGAAGCCCUAUGAGCACAUAUCUGUUUACACCAUUUCAAUCUUAAUACCCUGGGGACAUUAACAAAACUUCUCAUGCCUGCUAUUGAGGCAAGAAAAACAUAACUACAACUUAAGCACUGCAGUAAACUUUUUCUCCUUUGACCGCUGAAGACAGAGCAAAGAAACUUAUAUCUUGAAUGUGAAAAAAAAAACCUUUACUUUAAAUCUAUUUGACAGCUUCAGUUACCUAAGUGGCAAUUUAUUUAUAUGUCUGAGAUAAGGUGGGAAAUACGGGCGAAUACAUUUAAUUUGUCUAAUAAUGAGGUCUAUGGAGAGCUGAUAUGUCAGCCAACGCUGUGCUGAUGUAUAAUGAAGCAAUAUUUUCACAUGUUUCCUGCUUACCAUGCAAGACUACCAAAGUGUUGGCAGCCUCAUCAAAUAGACACAGUCAAGGUAAGACUAAAACGCUGACUGUCAUGAAGAAGAGAUAGCUGUUAUAAUGGUUUUGAUUUGCAGGCAAUGGCCAGCAAUGUCACAAUGUCUGUCUAGAGCAAAGUCUUGCACUUGGCCCUGCUCUCACCUAUGGGGGACAUGGACUUUGCCAUUCCUUCGAUACAACCAUGAUCUCAUCUAGAACUUUUGGAUGUGACAUUUUCUAAGGCUUUGAUCUAACUGAUGGAUUGCUGUAAUUGCUAAUUCUUCUUAAAACUUUCCUUUUGGUAUUUUACUUGCAUACUAACACGGAUCAAAUCGUUACAUGGAGCCUAAUGUUGAAGGUGCCAUUCAUUCAUUAACGAACCUGCUAAACUCUAUAAACAACUCCUCCAUCUCUCUCUCAGUCACAUGAGGGUUUGCAUACAAAUACAUACAUCUUGCAUACAACUCUCUGCACAUGACUUGUCCAACAUUAUCCAACAUGGCUAAUCCAUCAUUUAGUAUUACACAUCCUGCUCAGAAGAUGAUGGAGAUCAAUACAAACACAAAAGGAGUGGUAAUAAUAAGCAACACUCUAACACAAUGGUUGCAAAGUGUUAACGGACAUUAUUUAAGUAUAACUAAAAUGUUGAAAAAGUCCAUUUAAAGUGUCUCUGUACGUUAGAUUAAUGUACUUCUAUGAACACUAUAACAGCAUCAGCUUAUUGAGUAUCCAGAUAUCCUCCUCCACCUUUCUGCUUAAUGCAUGAAUCUGUAAAGAUGAGGUAGGUACAGCAAGGCAUGCAUACGACUUAUUACUAGGAAGUAAACCCAUUUUUUUAUCUGUUUACUCCUGCAGGGGGCGGUCAUGUAGACUUUGAUGAUUUUUGUGAGUUAAUGGGGCCGAGGAUGCUGGCUGAGACGGCUCAUAUGGUGGGGCUGAAGGAGCUCCGCUGUGCCUUCAAACAGGUAAGAGGUUUCCAGCCUGAAAAACUCUUUAGAAGUGUGACUUCAAGCAUUUGAAAAGGGGUCUAGUACGAUGACAGUGUUGUGAAGUGUGCAACAGGACCUCUCCCUGGAGAGUGCAGGAGUGUACGGCUCUUACUUGUAAACAAGUCUGUUGGAACAGGGAGGGAGGUUGAGGCUGGAUAAGAAUUCAAUUAAAGGGUUUUGAGAGACAGGGAAGUAUGCAUGCUAAUGGUGCUUCAUGGAGUCAUCCUCAAAAAAUAUUUCCCUCAUUUGUUAAUAUAAGCAAACUUGGAACUCUCUGGUAUUUUUGUGCCUCAUCGAUUUAAGGAAAGUCACCAGACAUAGACUUGCUCUCCUGGUGUCGAUACAGUGGCAGGUACACAGGCUCUAAAUUGAUUGUUCCCCCGAGCGAAGCUUCAGUGUGACGUGUUUUCUGACCAAGCAAAACAGACGAGCUGAUCGUGCAAUUCAUAAGCACAGCUUCACACACCUGGGUUCAUUUAUUUAAGGCAUCACAACAUGAUAGGUUUCUAAUGAUUACUACAAAACAGCCAACGUUGCUCUUAAUGAAUACAACUGAAACAGCAGCGGUGUCACGAUUAUGUUGUUUUUCUGAACAUUUUAGCCACAUGCACUCCUACAAGAAGAGGGACAUUGGUGUAAGCUAUUCAGAUGUUGGUUUGGGAAUUUUUGUAAAAUGUUUUCAGAUGGAAAUAUUAUUCAAUGUAUUAUCCUUCACCCUCAAAUACAACACUGGAGCUAUAAAAGUUAAUUUUGUUACCUAGAUAACCAAUCCUUGAUUAGUCUUGAGCUGCACUGCCUUUGAAAACUUUAUAGAAACAUGGUAACGGGUAAAAGUGAAAUCCCCCUGCAUUAAAAUUUGAAAAAGGAGUGCUUCUCUUUUCACACAUAUCACAUUUUGAGUGACAACUCUAAUAAUUCAAGGUUUUAUUGUUAUCUGUCAUUGUUGUUGUUGUUGUGAUUGUCAUGGCCUUAGUCAGGUCGUCACAUUUACCUAUGUGAUAAUAGUUGAAUAACAAAGUUAAAGUCAACCUCUGAUCAGAAAAUUCAUCAGAUCAACCCGUUAAGCUCAUGAGGAUACAUUUUCAUGUCCGCCUUGUUUAUGCUCCACUUCAGUUCCAACACCUCAGGAGUCAGCAGGACCCUGUUUAAACUCUCAAGCUGAUUUUCAGACUCCAAGGGGAUGCAGCCACUUUGUAACUUUGAGGUGUGAAACUGAAUUUUGGUAGCUGUGUUUGGAUACUUUUUUAAUGAAAUGACAUUACAACCUCAUUUCCUGACUGUAAAAGACAGUUUCUUGCCUCCCUCACUUUGUUUCCAAGUCUCUGCUCAUUACAUCAUUCUGUCUGCAGUCCCUCCUCAUUAGGCUCCUCAUUAGCCCAGAAACAUGUAACAUUUUUCCUUCCUUCUCUGAUGUACCACAUGUUCACGUCUCCACCUCCCUGCUCUCUACUAACCAUUCACAUUGAAGUUUGACUGUGAUGGCGAUGGGAAGAUCACAUUGGAUGAGCUGAAAGAGGGCAUGAAGACCCUCCUUGGGGAGAAGCUGAAGAAAGGUGAACUGGAGGAGAUCCUCUCUGACAUUGACCUCAACAAAGAUGGCAACAUCGACUUUGACGGUGAGCAGUUGGGGUCUUUGGGGGAUAAAUGUGUCGAGGGGAGGGGAUACACUCCAGGCAAGGUUUGCAAGGGCAUAAAAACAAUUAACAAGAGAACAAUGGUAAAGGUAGGCAUGGGAGACUGCUGCAGUUUUGAGAGUGCAAGAGCAAAAGAACAAGUUCAACUAUGAUGUUUAUCUUAUAAAAAAACAGAAAUAUUUCAUUAUUACGUUCAAGAAGUUAUUAAAACUAAACAGGAUUUCCACUACAUGAUAGGAGUUAGAAGCCAGUUUGAGUUUAGUAUAGAGAACAGCAAGCCAAGCAGGGGAGUUUAUACGAUCACAAUAAGAUAGAGAGCAAAAAUAGUUAAAUAAAGUCGAUCAACUUUGUGGUUAAAUGAAUGAAAAUUUUAAAAAGGUUCAAGUUGUAAAUUGUUUAAAGUAAUUGUUAAAGUUCAGAAAAAAUUAAUAUAAUAUAGUACAACACAUUUGCAUGUAAAAUGAUACAAUUGGAUGCAAUAUGAGAUACAAUACAAUAAGUUAUGGUACAAUAUAUUACAGCAAGGAAUGAUAUGCUAUGAGACAGUGCAGUAUGACACAAUAUGAUAUAAUAAGGAAAGAGAAGAAGAGCUGCUCAAAAUAACCUGAACAGCUGCAAACAUGAAUUUUUAACUGCAAACAUGAUACUGACACUAUUAUAUAUUUUUUUAUAUUUCAUCAUCAUUUUUAUUAUUUUUUUUCUGUUAUUAUUAUUAUUAUUAUCGUCAUCAUCAUUAUUAUUAUUAUUAUUUUAUUAUUAUUAUCAAUAUUAUCGUCAUCAUCAUCAUCAUUAUUAUUACUAUUAUUAUUAUUAUUAUUAUUAUUAUUAUUAUUAUUAUCAUCAUCAUCAUCAUUAUUAUUGUUGUUGUUUUUAAUAUUGUAAUGCUUUGGCAAUAUCAGACAAACAGUCGUGCAAAUAAAGCCUAUUGAAAUUGAAAAUUGAAAUUAAUAACAUAUGAUACUAUAAGUUUUCCAGCACAAGAUGAUAUGAUACUAAAUAUAAAACGAUCCGAUACAAAGCAACAAAGGACAUAGCAGAGGAAGGAAGAAAACAAGACACAAACCAAAUGGGAAAGAGGGUGGAAUGGGAAAGGGGGCAUGGUUAAGGGGUGGUGGGUUUGGUUAGAAGGGCCAAUCCAAUCUAAUCAGAAGUGCAUUAAGCCAAUCAAUGCCCAUUCCUGCACACCUGUCACAUGUCACACAAAGAACAUACACUCUAGUGGACAGCUCAAGGACUUUUGCUGAAAUGUCAUUACCGUGUGUUACUUCACAAGCCAUACGAUAGGGCACACAAAAACACACAUGCUGGUACACACAUGCACCCAUUAUGGUGCGAUUAUAGGCUGCAGAGCACAGAGGGCUAAAAAGUGUGAUCCUGUUUGUCUUGUUUCAGCAUUCCAAUCAAUUACAAUUAUUGGCAACAUAUGAAUAGACAUGUCAGUCUCAGAGAGGAUCAAUAAGCAGGUGCUCCUCAUUAUCAUCAACUAGGUCCCAGGAUAGAGUUUGAAAUAAUGUGUCCAGUUAAGCCACGUGGGCAGAAAAGGCACACACAGCAGCAGAGAGGAUUGUUGUGAAUAUCGGGGUGACAGAUCAAUCUGAGGUGUUGGGACGUCUCAGACUGAGCUGCUGUUCCACUCAGUUUACUUCUUUUUAUAGAAAAUGGUUAAAGGAGUACCUCAGGAGAUAAUGUUAGUGGGUUAAUCUGGAAUUAAGCUUUAGCACUCAGUCAAUCAAUAGAUUCUCACCUACAAUCAGACGCCUUUGAAGCGGAGCACAUCAAGAAGUCAAUGGUAGACAUGAUUGAUUGGUUGGAUUUAGUGAAACCUGCCACAAGCUAUCAGGAGCUGGGUUUUAUAUACAACAAAUACCAAUAGUCGUCAAGAUUGACAAGUGAAUCCACAAUAAUAGAUACAGCGAGCUGUAACAAGUGGGGAUGAAGCCUGAGCCUGAGGAAACAACAAUAUUUGUGGUGUUUAUAUUCCCUGUUUUGACAAACUGCUCUGCACUUCUUUGAUUUAACACCAGGAACAUUUAUUACCCGUUGCUCCUCAGCUUCAAUUUCUCUGUGUUUAUUAAUUCACUCUUUAAUUUGUCAAACAGGAUUUCAUCAGCCGAGCCCCAUUCAGAAUGUUACUCCUGAGUCCUGUUAGGUUUCUUCUGUGAGCUGACAAUGAUGUGGCUGUAUCCAAUGCUGUCCUUUUAUAAUAUCAGGCUGUCAUUAGUUCUUAUCAGGGGAUCUGUUGCUGUCUCUUCUCUGUCUCCCUCUGCAGAAUUUGUUAUGAUGCUUUCUGCACAGUGA